CAGUAGGAAGCUAGGGUUUUAGAUUGUUCAAUCUCAAAUCUCAAAAGUUUGGAUUUAGCGAAGAAGCAAAAAUGUUUCCAGGAAUGUUCAUGCGUAAACCUGACAAGGCAGCUGCUUUGAAGCAGUUGAAGACCCACGUCGUCCUGUUCGGUACUUGGGUCGCAGUGAUUCGAGUCGCCCCAUACAUCCUCCACUAUUUCUCCGAUCAGAAAGAAGAACUCAGCCUGGAAUUCUAGAUUACAGCUUCGUUUUGCUCUUCUUUCUUCCCAGCUUCUCUCGAGGAAUGGAAGAUGAGAAGGAACGGAGCAAACAUUUAUUUCUUGUCCUUUCAUUACCAUAUAUGUCCCUAUUUUGAAAUUUGUUGACAUGUAAUUUGGUUAUGAUCCUAGUUGUUUGAGAUAAAACUUACAGUUCAAGUGAUACAUUUUAUCAACUUGUUUUGUUUA